CCUAUGCCCUUGUGGUUAAUCGGUUCUCAUCUUCUCAUCCUCCCGUAAUAGGUGGAUUAUCGUCCGCUGCAUCGGUAUUUAUUCCCCUUCGCACGCUUUUCGCAUGCACAUACAGCAUGUUUUGGAUCAUUUUCUUUGGUUUGCGUGUUUUCGGUCUCGUUUCCCUUGGUCUGGCUUGGUCUGUCACCCUUGUAUCCCUACGUGUGCCAUUCGCACGAGCAGUCGUCACUGCCACCCCCUGUAGCAUUUUACGGUCCGUCACGGUUGUUACGCGUCCACGAAUUCUGUAUUGCCCUUUCCUAUGUUGUUGCAAUGAUAUUGUAUUGUGUUUCUACAUUGCGAUUCUCCGCAGUACGCAGAAUAGGUGGUAUGGGAGACGGUUACCUUGUUCAAAGCACACACAACGAAUGUAAUGCCGAUAGGGCUUGACCCACCAAGGUCAGAUGCAAUCUGCUACGGGGAUAUUCAACAUUCGGCUAUAAUCCCGAACAGUAUCCAAUAGCAAAUGUAC